GUUUGGUUGUGGGGGAAAUACAAGUUAUGUUCCUAGUUGUUGUUUACAAUGAUGUAGCAAAUAGUCUAGAUGCAGACGAUAAAUGGAAUGUACUGUUUUUAAAGCAAAGAAUAUGUCAGGAUUUAAAUCUCAAUCCAGAUACUUAUUGUCUAUCACACAAGAAAUCUCGUGGCUAUGAAUUAAUGCAUGAAGAUUACAAAUUACUAGAUUAUAAUCUUACACCUAACUGCUAUCUGUAUCUCCAUGAGCGCCAUCCAAAAAGACGUUAUUUUGUUUUUUGCUAUCCAUGUGAAUCUAUUCGUCCCGCGUUGAUGACUUUUAGUUGUUCGCUUUGCCAAUCGGCAUUUAUUCCUGUUUGUCAGGACGUUGACUCGAGGAUCUGUAGGGGAAAGUGCUCUUCUAAUGACUGCAAUUCAGCAGAAGCUAAGAUAAUUUUUUCGUGCACUUUUAUGUCCUCUCAUAGUCCAACGGUUUUCUUGAAGCAUAUAAAACAAAAUAGUACGGAGAUAUGUUGUGCUGCCUGUAUGUCUUCGGAAGUAGAUAUUAUAAUAUGUCUUUGCGAGGAGGAAGGGCAUUCUCUUUGCCUUGAAUGUUUCAAAAAGUACACAGAAGAGUAUUUUUACUCUGGCAUGUUCCAUUUCAUUGACAACGUUGGGUACACUAUCAGUUGUCCUGCUGCAUGUCCCAAUUCUUUUGUUAUGGAUCCUCAUCAUUUCCGCAUUCUAGGUUCAGAAUUUUAUUCACGUUAUAAAGAGCAGUCGGUUAAACGGUAUUUGCUUCAUAAAGGCUCUACAUUUUGCCCUUCAUGUGGAGUAGAUUGGCAAAUCACGGACUCUCGAAGUAAUGUAAAGUCUCCUGGCAUUUGGCAUCACUGUCUCCCACCUGUUGGUUGUGGGUCACUAUUUUGUUCUUCGUGUGGUUGGAACUGUAUCCAGUUAGAUUCUGAAUGCUCAAAUGAUGUAUCCCUGAAGUGUUUCUGCGAAGAAAAACGCGAGUCUUCUAGGAACGCAUCCUCUGCGAAUUUCAACUCUGUUUGGAAGUCAUUAAAAUUAAGAGUAGAUGAUGCAGAAAGUCGCAAAUAUAUCAAUGAAACAUGUCGUCCUUGCCCGGGUUGCAAGUCCCCUACUCAAAAACAUGGUGGUUGUAAUCAUAUUCACUGCUCAGUAUGUGGACUUGACUCGUGUUGGAUUUGCUGUAACACGUGGACUGCCGAAUGCUUAUCUUCGCACUGGUUGUAAUUUAACACUUUAUUUUAUCAGAUUUCUAACUUUUAAUAAAGAUUUCUUGCUU